AUGAGGGACGAUGCUUUCGAGAUGGUUCGCCGUGCUCUGAAAGGCGUGGGCCGGGACCUCUUGGACUACAUGUACGAUGCGCCGGAUGACGUUUUGGCGGAGUGGCUCAGAGCUCCGUUCGAGCGCGCAGCUUCUGCGGGGGAUAUUCCGCUUACAAUGGCGCUGAUGAAAGCUGGCGCAAGUGGAGACGCAUUUAGUUCGGCUGCGUUAGGGACACCAGCCACACACAACAGCCGCCUCCUAACCGCACUACACCAUGCGGCCGCUGGCACGAAGCUGGACGCGAUGGAGUUCCUGGUGGGCUCUGGCGCCGACGCAAAUGGGGGAGCCUUGAAAUGGAGACCGAUACACUUCGCAACCGAAGCUAACUCUCCGGAAGCCGUGCUCGCUCUCGUUCGUCAUGGCGCUGACCCCCACGCGGAAGACUCGCUUGGGCGGCCGCCGCUUUGUUGUGCAGCUGACCGUGGCAACAUGGAGACCCUCAAUGCCCUUCUUUUGGCUGGCGCCGAUCCCAAUGUCUCUCAUGAAGUAUGCCCUCCACUCCUAUUCGCAGUGCUAUCCCGCAGUAACAACAGUGAGGACAUGACACGUGCUCUUCUUCAGCACGGAGCCGAUGUCAAUGAACUGGACGACUAUGAAAUCGCUAUCAAUGAAGCCGUUAGAUGCGGCAAUGUGGUGAAAUUGCUGCUCAAGGCAGGUGCUCUCGUGGACGGGCACAAUGACUUCCAUGGGCUUGUCCUGGCGCCGCUUCACGCGGCAUGCAACUUUUCCCUCAGUUGCGACGUGGUCAAGGUCUUGCUUGGGCACGGUGCUAACGUCAACCUACAGGACAGUGAAGGGACCUCGGCGCUACAUUUGACUGCGGUCCGGUUCUCGUCGCGCCUGGUCGACCUUCUUCUGCGGCAUGGAGCAGACGAAACAAUCAACAACGGUGACAGUAGCACGCCGGCCGACUGUGCCAGACUUAAAGCUGGACACCAGGAAGCUUCUAGGCCCGUGCUCAGGCUGUUGGGCGGAGCUCCAGCCGACAGAGCCUGGCGUCGCCGGGGUCGCGUGCUUCUAUGCAGUACACCGCCGCAACAGAAGCGGCUUGGGCCGGGGGAGACCCGCACCAAGAUGACACGUGUGACGGCUGGAGAUGGCGCAGCUGCCCGUGGUGGCACUAGCGAGGUGGGAUCUGACGCGCACAGCAAUUCCAACGGUAGCAGCGACUUCAGCAGCUUGAUGGCGAGACUUUUUGAUCGGCCGCAAGGAGUCUUCCGCAAGAUCGUGUGCUACCUGUGA